AUCUCUCAACCAAACCCUUUCACAAUAAUCCGUCUCAACGAAAUUUAAAUCUUCAGAAUCUCUCAACGAAAUCUUCUUUAUAUGCUGUAUAUAGACAAUGGUCCUCCACAGGCUGUAUACUCAAUUUAUACGCUGCCUUUGAUUUAAAUUCAGCCGGCAAACAACAAUUGCAUUUAGCAAAACAAAAAUCUUCACAGCUCAUCAAGAUUGGAAAAGAAAACUUCAGAUCUAUUUAUCAAUUGGAUUAGCAGAAAUUUGGUAGAAUCGGUGUAUUUUGAAGAAGGAUAUAACACUAUUUGUUGAAAUCGAGAUGUGAGGAUCCAGCUUUGAUUUUGUACACCAGUGGUACAACAGGGAAACCAAAAGGAGUAGUUCAUACACACAAAGGAAUAUUAGCUCAGGCUACAGUAAACACUCUUGCUCAGAGAAAUCCUUAUUGGUUGAUCACUUCUGAAAGGUUAUAUCAAUACCUUCCAAUGGAUAAAUCUUGGAUUGGAAUGCCUAGAAAUACAACGAAGUAUUUACUUGGUUUGAAUCAAUUUCUAAAUUUUGCAUUUAAGAAUGCUUCUAUAGGAGAUAGAAUAAAAUGUCCGUGUUCUAAAUGUGGUUUCGGAAAGUGGCAGACUAGAGAGAUAGUGUAUGAUCAUUUGAUUAGCAAGCACUUCCCUCAAAAUUAUGUCACUUGGAUUCUUCAUGGGGAAACAGAAGUGUUGGAGAACUCUAGAAGCACAGAGGUUAUCCCAGAUGCACUGCCUCCUGAAAAUUCUAUGGAAUUAUUGAUAAAUGAAGCAUUCCCGGAUUUAAGACAUGAGGGCAUUGAUGCAGGUCCGUCACAAGUAGUUGGAGAAGAAGAAAUAUUAAAUGAUUUGCCUUCUUCAAAUAACAAAGAAUUUUUUGAGUUGCUUAGAGAUGGAAGUGAAGAAUUAUACGAAGGGUCCAAGUACUCGAAGCUCGAAUUUUUGUUAAAGUUGUAUCACAUAAAGUGUUUGUGUGGGCUAAGUGACAAGGGAAUGACUAUGAUGCUAGAUUUACUGAAGGAUGCAUUUAGAUUUGCAAGGAUACCUAAUUCUUUUUAUGAGGCCAAGAAUACCAUCAAAAAGCUUUGUCUUGAUUACAUUAAGAUUGAUGCUUGUCCAAACGAUUGCAUGUUGUACUGGGGAGAUGAUGCUAAUGAGGAAACAUGCAAGCAUUGUCAUACUUCUAGAUGGAAGCCAACUAAGAAGAGCAACAAUAAUCACAUGUCUACCACGGGAAAGAAGAAAAAGAAGCAAAAGAUGCCCGCAAAAAUUUUGCGUUACUUUCUACUAAAACCAAGGUUGCAGAGAUUGUUCAUGUGUUAUAAAAUUGUAGAGCAUAUGAGAUGGCAUGUGAAAGAUAGUAACAGAGAUGGAAUACCGAGGCAUCCCAGAGAUGGUGAGGCAUGGAAGAGAUUUGAUACUACUUUUCCUGAAUUUGCUUCUGAUCCUAGAAAUGUUCGAUUAGGCCUAGCUAGUGAUGGUUUCAAUCCUUUUGGGAUGAUGAGUACUAAUUAUAGCAUUUGGCCUGUGAUUUUGGUUCCAUAUAACCUUCCACAUUGGUUGUAUGAAGCAACCAAAUUUUAUCCUCUCAAUGAUCAUUCCAAGUCCACGUACGACGGAAAAUAAUAUAGAUAUAUACCUACAACCGCUUAUUAAGGAGUUGAAUGAGUUGUGGUGUGAAGGUGUGGAAACUUUUGAUUCAUCAAAGAAUGAAAUGUUUAGAAUGCGAUUAGCUCUUAUGUGGACAUUUAGUGACUUUCCUAGACUUUAAAUUUUAUCUGGUUGGAACACACAUACUGGUUUUGCAUGUCCAUCUUGUAAUUUUGACACGGAACCUUGUAGACUUCGUCAUAGUAGAAAGUGGUGCUUUAUUGGUCAUCUCCGAUUUUUGGCAAGAAAUCAUAAAUUUAGAUUGAUGAGGCUUCGUUUUUUUGGCAAUACGGAAGAGAGAAACCCUCCAAGGAAGUUAACUGGGUCAGAUAUUUUACGCCACGCCUAAUAAUCUGUUGCCUCAAAGAAUAGAGAACCAUAUUGAUUUUUGUUUUUAUCUUUUAAGAUUCACAAGGAGCUAGCAAGAUGCUUAAAGUGAAGAAAAGGGACGUGUUAAAUUUAUCUAAUGGAGAAUGUAUUGUGGUUGAUUUUGACGACAUGGAUUCUCCCAUUGGUGAAGGACAAGGUGUUCUUGCAGGCUUUUGUGGAAUUUUAGCAACUGACUGCUCCAUUUUUCCAAUUCACUUUGAGAAAUGGCCGGAUUUACCUGUGACAAUCUUCAAUCGUUGUUAUGAUUGAUUUAUAAAGCCACGGUUUUGUUUUCGGACAACUGAGUCAAAUGCAAGACGAUAUGUUUAUAAUUCUAUGUGUAAGAAGUGGGGCGCAAAAAGACUAAAGUUGUUUGAUAAGGUCUAUGAUCCACUUAAGAGCAGAGUUACUGGGAAUUCCACCGGAUCAAUGGAUUUCUUUUGUUGAUUACCGCUUUAGAGAAAAGACACAGGUAUUUAUUUCAGUGCUUCUACAUUUCAACCAUGGCCAAUACCUUCUCUUAUUGAUUACCGCUUUUGUACAACAUUGAUGUUUAGUUCAAGCAAAGUUUGGAUUUUUAACCUGAGGUCAAGAUAAAAUUAUGACCGAAGGUAUUGAGUAUAGUUGGUUAUUCUGGUGAAAUGUGGUUUCCACUUGUGGUGUAGUAGUGUAUUGAUGUUUAGUUCAAGCAAAGUUUGGAUUUUUAACCUGGAUCAAGAUUAAAGUUUGGAUUUUUAAACUGAGGGCAUUAAAAUACCGAAAAGAAGAUAUUUACCAUAGUUGAGUAUUAUGGUGACAUGUAGUUUCCACUUGGUGAUUUUUUUGUGUGAUCAUUUGGUAAAAAGGUUUUAUUUCUGAUACCGUUGUUUCGUAUAAUGCGUUUUUGUACAGCAUUGAUGCUUAAGUUUAGGAAAGUGUUUUUUUUAAAAUCCGGGUUAGGAAGUUUGGAUUCUUUAAGCUGAUAGAAGUAAAAUACUGAACAGAAAGUCUUGAACAGAAGUUAUUAACCAUAGCUGAGUAUUCUGGUAAAUGUUGUUUGGACUUAUGAUAUUGUGGUUUUACAAGUACACAAUAGGCAAGUAUGUGUAAUUCGUGGUAUCUUUUUGUAAGGAAAUUUGUAAAAGAAAUGCUGAAAUUCGGAAGAAACAAAUUGUUUUAAAUAUCGGUGGCUCCAAACCUAACUCCAGAAGAAGGGCUGGAAUGAUGGCUGAGACUAGACAAAAGCCUGGACGAGGACAGCUUUAUCUCGCUACACAUAGGAAUGAAGAUGGAUCAUAUGUUAAUGAGGCGGCAAAAGAGAUAUGUGAAAAAUUGAACUAGCAUUGAGCCAGAGCACCGUGGAUGAGUCUGAAUUUUCGCCAAAUGAUGCUGUUGGUAAGGUGCUGGGAAAAGAGCACUCUGUAAGGGUAAGGUGCUUAGGAUUAGGAGCUGUUCCUGACAGAGCUUUUAGACAAACAAGACCUCGUUAUAGUGAUUUGAAUGCUUCAACUUAUAAUAAUGGUUCAUGUUCUUCCCAAUGCCAAGAGAAGUACAAUCAAAUAUUGAAUGCUCAUAAUCAAAGCCAAGAGAACUACAGAGAAAUGAUGAAUGUUAACGCCCAAAUGAUGAAUGCUAACACCCAAAUGAUGAAUGCUUUUAAGGCGUAUAUGAUAAUGAAAGAAGGGAGGAUGCCCAAAGAAUUUGCAGGGAUCUUUGUUUCUUCUCCUCAUUCAACAUCAAGUGAUGGGGCUAGCGGAUCCAUUUCACCAAUGGAUGUUAGAAGGUCAUCUGGUGGAAGUAAUCCUAACGACAACCAUUGAAGUUUGCUUGCAAAUGUAUCGUACUCGAUUGAAUGGUCAUAGGAGAUCUUUUGUCCAUAAUAGUUGGAGUAGAUGUUCUGUUUAAAGUUUGUUUUAAGACUAAUUAUAAUACUGAUGUUUUGUGUUCAAUGGAUGGAGUAGUUGUGUUUAAAACAAGUUUUUGAGACUAAUGAUAAUCUACUUUAAUGUAUUUUAUGGUUCUCAAUGAAUAGCGGGGGUUAUAACCGA